AACGGGACCCUUUGUGUUGGAAAUUUGUGGCGUCCCAAAUGACAGGUCCAUGUCAAUGCCUCCCUCCCUUUCCCACCCAACCCAACACAAUCCAUCAUGAUGCCUCCACUAGCCCAUACCUCGUGAGAGGAACAAAAAUAAGAUGGCUUCCCAAUUCUACAUGCCCAUGGGUUCAUCUCCGCUAUCUUGUGGACCACCUUUCCACGCUGUACAGUGAUCAUCUAGAUUGUGGUUUGGCACCUGUUCGUCGAAAUAGUUGUGUUCUGGUGGCUGUCUUUUGCUAUAUAAGAGGAGAAAGAGGACCAAGUGGCUUCGGCUCCUGCUCUACUGGAGAGCAAGUGACUGAAGAUAUUUCUUGUUCAAUUCCUCCCAAUCUAACUGCAAUAAUCACUGGUGGAACAUCGGGCAUCGGAGCAGAGACGGCAAGAGUGUUGGCCAAAAGAGGGGUGAGGCUGGUGAUGCCUGCAAGGAACCUAAAAAGAGCUGCUGAAGUUAGACAGGGAAUCCGGCGAGAGAGCCCGGAGGCUGAGAUCAUCGUUAUGGAGAUGGAUCUGAGCUCAUUUGCUUCCAUCCAGAGAUUUUGCUCGGAAUUUCUCUCUCUGAGACUACCACUCAACAUUCUCAUCAACAACGCUGGGAAGUUCUCUAAGAAGUUAGAGCUCACUGAAGACAAAUUGGAGAUGACUUUUGCUACAAAUUACUUAGGUCAUUAUUUGCUAACCAAAAAUUUGCUAGAGAAAAUGGUUGAGACAGCAACUAGAACAGGGAUUGAGGGAAGGAUUAUCAAUGUAUCCUCGGUGGUUCACAGAUGGGUGAAGAAAGAAGGAUUCAGAUUUUCAGACAUGCUCAACCCUAAAUAUUACAAUGGUACGCAUGCUUAUGCAAGGUCAAAAUUGGCUAAUAUAAUGCAUGCCAAGGAGAUUGCAAGGCAAUUAAAGGCAAGAAAAGCAAAAGUAACCAUCAAUGCUGUUCACCCAGGAAUCGUAAAGACUGGAAUAACCAAGGAUUAUAAGGGCUUGAUUACAGAUUCGCUGUUUUUCUUUGCGUCAAGGCUACUUAAAUCGGCAUCUCAGGGAGCGUCAACAACGUGCUAUGUCGCAUUGAGUCCACGUGUUGUUGGCAUCUCCGGAAAAUAUUUUGUUGACUGUAAUGAAAGUUCAUGCUCAACUUUAGCAAAUGAUGAGGAUGAAGCACAAAUACUUCGGCAAAAAACAGAUGCGUUGCUUCGCAAAAGAUUGCAUCAAGCAUACAAAUAAAUCAAAAAUAAUUUUAUAAUUUUAUCUAUACAUACAUAUACGAAGAUUAUUUGGAUGUAUGAAAAUUCAAAAAUUUGUACAAAUAUAUGUCGUCCAUGACAUGGACAACAAUGUAGAGAUUAAUGCAAAUAUUAAACAUACAUGCUUCACUUGCCUAUUCUUAGGGCAAAUAAAAUCCAUGGAUGUGAAUACUUGAAUAUAUUGGUGGCACUUACCAUUACGUUGAACUGAUGAGAUUGGAUUUGACUGUAUGGUCAAACAGGAUCUUGUGUGUUUUAAUAAAACUAAAAAACUCAGAGUGUUGCUUGAAAAAGAUAUACCAAUAUCUAUAUAGAGAUAUUAAUGAGAAACUAAUGGAAAUAGUUGUUAGAUUGAAACAUGAAUGCCAUGGUUUUCAAAUCCAUGUAUUUUGUGCUCCUUGGUAUAUGAGCUUUGAUGAUCAAAAACCUUGUUGAGGUUAGAGUUA